CUGGCAACACCGUAGUCAUAUGAUUUCUUGACAGUUUGACACGUUUGACAGAUAAUCAUUGAAAAAUGGAUAUGUAAAUAAUGCAAAUUUUGUAUUUGGCCGAAGAAAGUGCAAAACACUGGAAUAAAAGCUAUUUAUAAGAGCGAACUUAUAAUAAUAAACAUGUUAAAGAGAAGCUUUAGGUACUUAAUUUAGCAAACUUUUGUGAGGCAUAGUGCAAUGCGUAAUUUUCAUCCUUAGGUUUCACAAUACUGGCGCAAAUACGGUGGACAAAAAAGAGAUAGAUCAUUUCCAAAACUUUUUGGAAGAAUGGUGGAACGAAUUCGGAUCCAUGAAAGCAUUGCAUUCUAUGAACAAGUUGAGAGUCCCUUUUAUUCGAGAUGGACUAGUGAAUUCUGGUCGAAUAAGGGAUAAAAUCAAAACACCGACUGCCUUGGAAGGAGUAUCACUUUUAGAUGUGGGUUGUGGAGGUGGAAUAUUAUCCGAGCCAUUGGCACGUUUAGGAUGCAAUGUGACCGGCCUUGAUGCGAAUCCAAAUGCAAUUGAACUAGCUAAACACCACUCUGAGAAGCAAGGCCUUAAAAUAAACUAUGCGGCAUCUUCUGUUGAGGAGCAUGCGUCACAGUAUUUUGAAACUUAUGAUGCAGUUGUUGCUUCUGAAGUGCUAGAACAUGUAACUCAGAAGAAUGAAUUUGUUGAUGCUUGUAUCAAGUGUCUUAAACCGAACGGGUCGAUUUUUAUAACAACAAUCAGCAAGACAAAUUUAGCAUAUUUUCUUGGUAUAUUAGUCAGCGAGAAUGUGCUACGUUUGUUGCCGAGAGGAACUCAUCAGUUUGAAAAGCUUAUAGAACCUAGUAGAUUACAAAGGAUCUUGGAGGAUUAUGACUGCAGAACUGAACUGAUACAUGGUAUGUGCUACAACUUUUUGACCAACACCUGGCACUGGUGUCCUGACACGUCGAUCAACUAUGCUUUGCACGCCGUAAAAAUAAAAUCUGAAGAUUAAGAAUGAAACAACAACAGUGUAAUUAUAAUUAUAUUGGAAAAUUAUUAUACAAAAUAUUACCAUCGAACAUUUGUAUCUAUAUAACCUACUAAAAUAUAAUCUGCAAAACAGAACA